UGCCUUCAGGGCCGAGUGGACUGUGUUGUGCAUCGGAGCUACUCGUAUAAGCACAGAGCUGCUGAGAGCUGGGAAGACAAGAUGAGGACCAUUUCUCUUCUUCUGAUGGCUUUAGUCACAGCGACAUUAGCCUCUCCUCGAGGAAACCACCUCCAGCGCUCCAAGCGGGAGCUUUUGGUGCGUUCCAAAAGAAGGUGGGUUCUGUCGACUAUUGAAGUAGUUGAGGAAGACCAAGGGCCGUUCCCCAAAGAAAUAUCUGAGCUGUUCAAUGAUAAGACGCAUCAGCACAAUAAUCAUAAAUAUGUUAUAAGUGGAAUGGGUGUGACUGAGGAGCCACUGGGUGUGUUCUCAGUUGAUCAACAAAGUGGAAAAGUCUAUGCCCAUAAAACCAUUGACAGAGAGAAGAAUCCUUUAUUUCAUAUCGAGUUUGACAUCUUGGACUUAAAAACAGGCAAAACAAUAGACAGAGAAUUGGCAUUUAAUGUCAAAAUAAAGGACAUUAACGACAAUGCUCCAAAAUUUCUUCAUCCGCAAAUGAGUGUGGACGUGAAGGAGAACACACCGGAGGGCUUCUUACCAGUUCAGAUCGAGGUUACAGACCCUGAUGAAGCGGACACCCCAAACUCCACAGUAACCUUGAGUAUCUUUUCACAAUCCCCACAAGUGCCCAAAAUUGACUUGCACCGGAUUGACGACAAAAUGUCUCAGCUUACUUUUAAAGGAUGUUUUGACUAUGACAAAGUAAAGACAUAUGAGAUAAUACUCGAAGCGAAAGAUCACGGAAAGCCAUCCUUGUCAUCAACCGCUGUUAUCACGCUUAACAUUAUUGACAGCAACAGUCAUCCACCAACUUUCAUAGCAAAAAAGUACAUUGGUGAAAUUCAAGAAAUGGUCACACGUGAAAAUGUUUUGAGGCUCGCAGUCGAAGACAAAGACACUCCUAAAACCCCCGGCUGGCGAGCUAAGUACUUCUUCAUUAAAGGAAAUGAAGAAAACAAUUACAAAAUUGAAACUGACCCUGAGACUAACGAGGGUAUUGUGAGCGUCAUCAAGGGGAAUGAUUUUGAGAGGUCAACUAUUUCAACCCUGCAAAUUGGGGUCGAGAAUGAAGAACCUUUAUAUGUUUGUGGAGACGCAGCGACUAUGAGCAGAGGCUUACAUCGUUCUCAUUCAGUUAACGUCACAAUGAAAGUUACAAACGUCAAUGACCCGCCUCAGUUUGAAAAAGAUCCAGUUGAGAUCUUUGAGAAAGAAGAGGAGGAACCGGGAAGGCCGCUGUACACGCCAAAGGUUCAUGACGUCGACUCGGAUGUAUCAAAAAUUAGGUUUACGAUAUUAGAAGACGCAGCUGAUUGGGUGACCAUUGACAAGAAAACAGGGCAAGUCACAACCACGAAGAAGAUGGACAGAGAGUCACCCUUUGUUCAUGACAACAUUUAUAAAAUACUAAUCGGUGCAAUUGAUGAUGGUGAUCCUCCAGCCACAAGCACGGGCACCAUACUUAUUCACCUCCAGGAUAUCAACGACAACAAUCCAAAGCUGGUCAACAACAGUGUCACCAUGUGCGGAAACAAGUUAAACAAGGUCAUGCUUGCUCCAAAAGAUCUGGAUCGACAUCCGUACAGCGGGCCGUUCACCAUCUCACUGAAAAGCGAUGAUGCAACCCAGUUGCAGCGAUGGAAAGUGGAUACAUCAGCCGGUGAGGAAGUUGGGCUAGUUAGCCUGAAAACCCUCCCUUAUGGAAAUUACUCAGUGCCCCUUCUGAUUGAGGAUCAGCAAGGCAUAACUGGAGAGGACACUGUGGUCGUAAUGGUGUGUGACUGUGGAGAGGGAGAUGUGUGUCGCCGUAAAGAACUCUCAACCAGUCUGGGACCGGCUGGCAUUGGAUUGAUUUUAGCAGGAUUGCUGUUAUUUUUAGUACUGUUAUUCCUCUUGGUGUGUGAGUGUAAGGAAAAGUUCAUGCACUUGUCCGAGCUCCAACCCGAUGAAGGUCACCAGACGUUAAUUAAGUACAAUCAAGAAGGAGGUGGUGCUGAAUGUAAGGCUGAGCCAUCUUUGCUGCUGACACCAACAAAGGAUGUGGCUAUGACUUUUGCAAAUGGACAAAAGCAGGGCGCCAUGCAGAUAACCAAGAUGGCUCCAGUAAUGGCAGAAGACUUUAAUACUUACAAUUCAGGGCUUACUCUGAUGAACUCUGUCAUGGACUCUUUGGGUCAGCAAUACCACCGAGAAAGUUUUAAGAGCAACAAUGGACAUACAAUGUACUCUACAUGGGCUGCAAACAAGACUGACACCUACCAGGCAGGCUCACCGAGGUCUCAAACAUCAGACAGCUUCCUGUCCAGUCAGAAUAUUUCAGCUCACCUCAACAGGAGACUCUACAUGAUUGACGGAAACCAUGCAGAUCACCCACAAUACCAACCCCAUGAGUAUGCCUACGAAGGAGAGGAGAGUAAAUGUCAGUCACUGGAUGAACUGUCUUUCAGCAAUUUGGGAGAGGAUUUCCACUUUCUGGAUGAUUUGGGACCAAAGUUUAAGAAGUUGGGUUGUAUUUGCAACCAGAUAAUACAAGAAAAAGGCAUCCAGCUUUAAAUGGAAAAUUACAGUGACUCGGAAGUAUGGACUCAUGUUACAGCAUAUUUAAAACAAUUUUUUUUUAAUUUUGGACCUUUGGCAUUGAAUGCCUCUAUUAAUUGUAUACUAUGCAAUGAAAACACUAAAUUGGUUACAAUGUAUCCAUUACUUUAAAAUGAACCUGUUUGUUCAUGACAAAAGGUUUAAGUAAUAGUAGUAGUGGGUAUUGCUUCUACAAAUUAAAAUGUUUAUACUACAAUAAACCAGUUUAAAUUGUACUGUAAUGUCUUGCGCCAGAGAAUUUCUCAGGAAAUUAAAAUUUCUUGUAUUUUUGGUUGUUUUUUUGUAUUCUGACCAUGUUUUACAUUCUGAUAGAGAUCAA